AUGACAACCGACCCAAACAAACUCUCGACAGCCUUCUCAAACACCCCGCUAGCCCACCACGGCCAGAAAUGGUCCUCCUUCUGGGAAGAGAAAUUCACCCCCUGGGACCGCGGCGGACCCUCCCUAGCCCUCCUCGACAUCCUCACCACCCGCCCAGACCUCAUCCCGCCUCCCCCUGCCCCAUCAUCCCCAGAACACCAACAACAACAGGAUUCCCCACAGAAGCCAACGGCCCUCGUUCCCGGGUGCGGUAAAGGUCACGACGCCCUCCUCCUAGCAAACCUAGGCUAUGACGUCCUCGGCCUAGACUUUUCACCUACUGCUAUUGACGAGGCAAAGGAGAACCAAAAGGCUGUAGUUGCUGCCGCCGCCGCCACCGGGGAUGGAGAUGGAGCAGAGCCGGACGUGAACGCCAUCCGCCAACCCAACGGCGCCGAGUCCGGUUCCGUAACGUGGCUCUCGGGCGACUUCUUCUCAGAUUCGUGGCUUGAGGCGUGGCCGCGCGAGAACAAGACUUUUGACCUCAUCUUUGAUUAUACUUUCCUCUGCGCCCUCCCCCCCACAGCACGCCCCCAAUGGUCCUCCCGCAUAUCCUCCCUCCUAAACCCAUCCACAGGCCGCCUCAUCUGCCUAGAAUUCCCGUCCGGCAAACCCCUUUCCCAGCCGGGACCGCCGUGGGGCUUGAACCCGGAUAUCUACCUCGCCCUGCUUACCCGCCCCGGCCAACCCUUCACGUUCUCGUCUUCGACGCAGGCGGGCGACGAGGCAGACGUCGUCGUCGUCCCGGCUCCGAGCGAGGACGGUGCCGGCCUGAAGCGGUUGGCGCUCGUCAAACCUGCCAGGACGCAUCGCGCUGGUAUGAAUGAGGAUGGCUCGGUUCGCGAUUGGGUUCAUGUCUGGAGUCACUAA